AUGCUUCUCUCACGACCACCUAGACUGUCGAUCCUACCUCAACUACAAACCGUGAAACUCUCCGCGAAAAGCAGCACCCGCAACUCCUCUGUCUUCAAAGAUUGGAAAGGGAGCUCACCAGAUGACAACGCUGUCUCACGAGCCGAGAAAGGAGACAGACUUGACCCGGAAACAGAAGCCGCAGCCUCGGGGUUGGAAGAAAGAGAGAAGAAUGAAGGUAUUCCAGAUAACACCAAGUCUCAAGCGAAGACAGAGCGAGGUGGGAAAAAGCAGGGGAAAAAGGCCAAGGCAGAGCACCCUAAUGCCCCUGAGCCAAUCAUCGGAAUGAAUGAUGAGCGGGCGGAGAAGGGAGAUUGA